AGGCACAGUUAGAGGCAGCGACCCUGGAGCGAGACCGACCAAAGUAAAGUUGCUGAAUGUUUAAAAGGACAGUGUUUUCCAAGUCCUCUCCACGAUGCUGUACACUUUAGCAGGAGGAGGCACUCUGUGCGGCGUGGCCACACUCGUGCUUCUCAUCGUUUCCACAGCGACAGACUUCUGGAUGCAGUAUCGAUACUCUGGCAGCUCAGCCAAUCAGGGCCUUUGGAGGUUCUGCAUCAACCACAAAUGCCAUGCACACACCAUCGCUGUGGCUUUCUGGGAUGCUACACGGGCCUUCAUGCUGCUGGCAGUGCUGAGCUGUUUUGCUGGCAUCAUUCUGGGUCUGAGUGCUUUCACUAAUGGCACCAAGAACAAGAGAGUCCGUACAGGUGGCAUCGCUCUGGUCCUGUCAGGUUUCCUUGCUCUUCUGGCUUUGGCAAUUUACACUGGUGUGACCGUCACUUUCUUUGGUAAACGCUUCGUGGACUGGCGCUUCUCCUGGUCUUACAUCAUCGGCUGGGUUGCUGUCGUUUUGGCUUUUGCAGCAGGUGUGUUUCAGCUCUGUGCUUACAGACAAACCAGUGCUGCACUGGCUCCUUCAAACAACCCGGACAGCUGAGCAGGAUGGAGAAGUCACAACUGCUUUCAGUAGAAUAAACACAGAAUCAGAAAAUCCUGUAUAGUUUUAAUUGUAA